GUUGUAGCACCUGUCAAAUGUCAUUCACCGGGGUCAAGGUCAAGAUGUCAAUGUCAAGUGUCUGUCAAAUAUGGUGACAUUCAAUCAAAAUAUUUAUUUUUUCAACCAUCCUUAUUUUUUGAUUAUAAAUUAAAAAAUGUCUGCUUCAGCUUUAAAACCCAGUAAACUUUUCCACUUCACUGGAUUAUCGUCAAUGUACCAAAGAAUUUCAAGAAGAUUUGCUUCAAAACUAGUCUAUUCGGAAUAUGGGGACCCAAUUAAAGUAAUACACAAAGAGAAAGAAGACGUUUUAGAACCAGAAACUAAGCAGGUUCUUAUAAAAAUGUUAGCUGCACCUGUGAAUCCCGCUGAUAUUAACACAAUUCAAGGAAAAUAUCCUUCGAAACCUCCUUUACCUGCUGUUCCUGGAAAUGAAGGAGUAGGAGUUAUAGAAAAAGUGGGUCCCGAAGUUGAAGGAUUGUGCGAGGGAGACCAUGUAGUACCACUUACAAAUAAUUUAGGAACUUGGCGUACUCAUCUUGUACUGCCAACUAAUAAUAUUUUAAAGGUACCAAAGAAUUUAGGUUUAGUUGAGGCAGCCACACUAACUGUAAACCCAUGCACAGCCUAUAGAAUGUUAAGAGAUUUUAUACCUUUAAAACCAGGAGAUACAGUCAUCCAAAAUGGAGCAAAUUCAGCAUGUGGGCAAAAUGUUAUCCAAAUUUGUAGAUCUUGGGGUGUAAGGACAGUAAAUGUUGUGAGAAGCAGACCUGAUAUAGAAAAAUUAAAAUCGUAUUUAAUGGAUUUAGGGGCCACACAUGUUCUAACUGAGGAAGAGGUGAGGUCUACAGAUAUUUUCAAGGCAGGAAAAGUUGAUAAACCAAAAUUGGCUCUUAAUUGUGUAGGAGGAAAAAGUGCUCUGGAAAUAAUGAGGUACUUACAAAAUGGUUGUCCAAUAAUAACAUAUGGUGGUAUGUCCAGGGAACCUGUUACAGUACCAACGUCGGCUUUAAUUUUCAAAGAUAUUAAAGUACGUGGUUUUUGGAUGACCAGGUGGUCCAAAGAAAAAAGCGAUAGUGUCGAGAGGAUAGAAAUGUUCGAAGAAUUGAUUUCUAUGAUGACAAAUAACGAUUUACGAGGUCCAGUUUAUGAAAUGAUCAAAUUCGAUAAUUACACGGAAGCUCUGAUGAAUACGAUGACAGUUAAAGGAAUGAUAGGGAAAAAAUUUAUUUUAGAUUUUAGUUAAAUAAGUUCAAAUCAUGAUUCGGAUAUAAUAAUCUGAUGCUUUUAUUUUAUAAAGUGUUAAGUAUGUACCUGCUCAUUAAAAUUAUUAAACCUAUAUUUUACAA